GGCUAUCGCCUAAAGUGGGCACGCACACUUGCGGUGUGGGUGUGGAUAAACUAGUAUCGGUAUAGCUAAUACUAGUAUCUCUAUAGCUCCUGUGAUUCAAGUUAUAUACCUGGAGUACCGAGACUUGGGGGAGCAAGGGAAUUCAAGAUCUAUCCCCUAGCAACUCCCUUGACAUCAACGACAAUGGCCUCAUCAACGUCUUACACCACCAAGCAGUGGAUCCUUGCAUCGAAGCCUGUCGCCGCUCCGGUGCUCUCGGGACCUGAUGCGACAUUUAAACUGGAGACCGUCACGCUGCCGGCAUUGAAGGACGGCCAGCUCUUGGCUAAGGUGCGAUAUUUCUCCAACGACACCGGCCUGCGAAAUUUCAUUCAGAGCACCGUCGCGCCCGAGCGCUUCUACGUGCCUACCGUUCCCCUCGGCUCGCCUAUGAGAUCCGGCAUCAUCGCGGAGGUCCUCGAGUCGAAAUCGCCGAAACACAAGGCCGGAGAUCUCGUCCUGGACUUUCAUCUGGGACAAUGGAGUGAAUUGGUCGUGUUGGAGGGGGAAACCUCUCAACAACUAACCCCGCUCCCCAACGGUCUCCCCCUGACGCACUACCUCGGUGCUUUCGGUGCAUCCGGACUAGCAGCUUACACCGGAUUGGUCUACGCGGGAGGUGCUAAGGCCGGAGACACGAUUGUGAUUUCGGCGGCGGCAGGCGCCACGGGAUCCAUGGCUGUACAGAUCGCGGUAAAGCUGCUCGGUGCGAAGCGCGUGAUUGGAAUCGCCGGGUCCGACGAGAAGUGCGCGUGGGUGCGCGAUCAGCUAGGCGCGCACGCGUGCAUCAACUACAAGAGCCCGACGUUUGUGGAGGAUUUGAAGGCUGCGACGCCGGAUGAGGUGGAUGUUUACUUUGACAAUGUGGGAGGCCAUGUGCUAGAUGCCAUGCUCACUCGCGUGAAGAAGCACGGGACAAUUGCGGUGUGCGGUGCGGUGGCUGGAUACAACUCGGGCGGAUCGAUGUCGUUGAAGAAUUGGUUCGAGCUUAUCUCCUGCCGGAUCACUAUCCGCGGCUUCAUCAUGCUGGAUUAUAUGGACAAGGCGCCCGCGAUUCUGCAGGAGCUUAUCGGAGCUGCUGCGGACGGGAGGAUAAAGUUAGGUGAGGGCGAGACGGUUGUGGAGGCGAAGAUUGAGGAGCAGCCUGAGAUAUGGAUGCGGUUGUUCACCGGUGGAAACCAGGGGAAACUAUUGACAAAACUGAUAGUUUAG